AUGUUCUCGAACAGUAGUAGUUUCUUUGGCACGUCGUCGGUGCUCAAGGAGCAGGCCGCACUUCGCGAAUCAGAACGACAUCGCGCUAAACGGAGCAGCGUACGUAAACAGUCACUACCAAUUGGAGCAAGCGUAAAUGUUUUCACACAUCAGUACACUGCCGAUCCGACUUUGGCAUGGGAAAUGCUCAAAGAAAAACGGCCGGUUAAGCCGGUAAGGCAGAUGAAACUGGACACCCCUGUUAGGCCGGACCACGUUCGGUUUGUGUGUAUCGGCUGUACUCACGGCGUCAAAAUCGACCCUGCCGAUCUGCCGCCGGGAGACGUGCUCCUUGUUGCCGGAGACUUCACCACGUGUGGAUUGCCAAAUGAAGUGCUCUCAUUCAACAAGAAACUUGGGCAAUUAAAGCAUGCUUACAAAGUCGUCAUCGCCGGCAAUCAUGAAUGCACAUUCGAUGACAUGUUUCUUCGAGCCUCAAACCGAGAACUUCAAGCGAAGGAGAUGGCGCUGAGGCAAGCAUUGCAGUCAUCAAUGGCAUCGUCAAAAAUUACCAAUUCGAAAUCUCUUCUCACAAAUUGUAUCUACCUCGAAGAUUCAGUGAUCGAAUUGUUUGGAAUAACUAUCUAUGGUACACCGUGGUGA